AUGCUGGUUUGCCGUAUACUUGGCUCUCUUUUCUUGGGUGCUCCUAUUGCCCUUGGACCUCCCGUUGUGAUGGAAUUGUUUGCAGAACAUGAACGUGGCCUUGCGUUGGGAACAUGGUCUGUUUUUGUCACGCUUGGCCCUCUGACGGGUCCGUUUGUCAUGGGAUUCGUCGCAGAGCGGCUCGGAUGGCAGUGGAUUUAUUGGAUCUUUGCUAUCAUUUCCGGGGCACAAUGUGUCUUAUACUUUUUCUUCAGUCCCGAGACGAGAUAUCUUCCACAAGAAAAGUCCAUCAGGAAGUCCACGGUGAUGAGCUACAUCACAUUCCCGCGGAUCGACCCCAAGCCUUUCUCUCUUACCGAAGUCAUCAGACCAUUCUCAAUGGGCACAAAGAUGACCGUACUGCUGCCCGUGGCUUCUCACAGCAUGAUCUUCUGUCUCUCAGCCGCAAUGCUGACAGUAGAGAUCCCCCAGCUGUUUAGUACUCGUUUCGAACUCGGUCCGAGAGAAACUGGCAUCCAGUUCCUUGGUAUCAUCAUCGGUACCAUUAUUGGUGAAGCAUUCAAUGCUGUGGUUCUCAGUCUGAUGAACAGACGGACUGUGGAAAAUCAGCGACGCUCUGUUAACCCCAAGAAUUACCUGCUAGCCAGUUAUUUCGGUUUUGUCUGUAUGAUCGUUGGCUUGGUUGUCUUCUGUGUUAUGUUGGGCAAGACGGUCCCCAUGCAUUACGAGGUUUCCCCCAUCAUUGGCGUUGGAGUUACUGGGUUCGGAAACCAAUUAGUGUCCAACUUUUUGAUUAACUACAUCAUGAACAUUCACUCGGAAAACUCCGCCAGUGCCUCGAUCUUUUUGGGAUUUAUUCGGCAGACAUGGUGUUUCAUUGGACCUUUCUGGUUCCCUACCAUGUUCGAAACCGUUGGUAUUACCAACUGUGCUGGGCUGCUGACCGGCCUGGUUAUCAUCAGUGUGCUGCCUGUGAUUUGGUUGCACUGGCAAUCGCGAAGCUAA